UCCCAGGAACUUUGACGCAAUUUGCAAAUGGCCGUGAAAAGGACCGAGCCCGAUCGUGUAUGAAAAGUUAAUGGUGGAAGAAUCCGUGAUAAAAACUUGUGAAUAAUCCUACAUUCAGUGUGGUGUUGUUGGAAUUGUACAAAAUGUGCCAAAAAGUGAGAAUCCAGUCUUAAUGGUGGUUUAGGACACGCCGAAAACCGCUGGAGGGACGAUCGAAAAGACAUUGCUGACAGAAGGGUGUGCGUGUGAUUGUCACGCGGCAGGGUCAGGCUCUAGGAGGUAUCAGAAACUGUCACCAUGAACGAGCUGGACAGUCUACGCCAGGAGGCAGAGACGCUCAAAAAUGCUAUUCGGGACGCGCGGAAAGUGGCGUGCGACACGUCGCUCGCGCAGGCAACGGCCAACCUGGAGCCGAUCGGCCGCAUACAGAUGCGCACGCGCCGCACGCUGCGCGGACACCUCGCCAAGAUCUACGCCAUGCACUGGGGCAGUGAUUCCAGGAACCUGGUAUCCGCGAGUCAGGACGGCAAGCUGAUAGUCUGGGACAGCCACACGACCAACAAGGUGCACGCGAUCCCGCUGCGCUCGUCGUGGGUCAUGACGUGCGCGUACGCACCCUCCGGCUCGUACGUCGCGUGCGGCGGCCUCGACAACAUCUGCUCCAUCUACAGCCUGAAGACCCGCGAGGGCAACGUGCGCGUGUCCCGCGAGCUGCCCGGCCACUCGGGAUACCUGUCCUGCUGCCGGUUCCUGGACGACAACCAGAUCCUCACCAGCUCCGGGGACAUGACCUGCGCCCUGUGGGACAUUGAGACCGGACAGCAGUGCGGGCAGUUCACCGGGCACACGGGCGACGUGAUGUCCCUCUCGCUCGCUCCCGACCAGCGCACGUUCGUCUCCGGCGCCUGCGACGCCAGCGCGAAGCUGUGGGACAUCCGCGACUGCCAGUGCAAGCAGACCUUCCCUGGGCACGAGAGCGACAUCAACGCUGUUACGUUCUUCCCGUCGGGCUACGCGUUCGCGACGGGCUCUGACGACGCCACCUGUCGCAUGUUCGACAUCCGCGCCGACCAGGAGCUCGCGAUGUACAGCCACGACAACAUCAUCUGCGGCAUCACGUCCGUGGCCUUCAGCAAGUCGGGCCGCCUGCUGCUCGCUGGCUACGACGACUUCAACUGCAACGUCUGGGACUCCAUGAAGAGCGAGCGCGCCGGUAUCCUCGCCGGCCACGACAACCGCGUCUCCUGUCUCGGGGUCACAGAGAACGGCAUGGCGGUCGCCACCGGCUCCUGGGACUCCUUCCUGCGCAUCUGGAACUAAACACCCCCCGCCCCCAACACCCCCAACACACCCUACCCCCCCGACACACCCGGUGGAAGAGUGGGAGCGUUAGGAAUUGCGUUUGGGAGAUACCCGCGAAUGAAAUUGGAUACUUCAAAAAAAUAUAUAUCUUAGGUCCGGUGGAUAACUGUAAUAACUAAAUCCACUACUUCUACCUAAGGCUGAACUUGUAUGCCUGCAAUAAACCUGACAUCAAGGUGUGACAUUCGACCUUUACAACCCAGUCGAUAGAAGUCUAUUAGACGAUAUUAUACUCGAUAAAUUGAUCACGACUCACGUUUUAGUUGUGUGAUAUGCGGCUAAAGGUGCCGUGCUGCUAUUAGCUUGAUAAGUCACAAGAGAUCCUGCAACAAAACGUGACAGCUACACAGCCACUGUUACCAUCAAUACCAUCUGUCAAGAUGUUGUGGCCAAUGAUGAUGCAAUGUGUGCCAGAGAACACUUAUCCAGGCAGUAGUCCUGUCCUACAUUCCUUGUCUCUUACUAUCCCUUCGGGAGUAUAAUUAUGCAUUUAAUUGAAUGAGACAAAGUAAAUAAACACCAAAAUUCACGGGUAGCUCCCCCCCAAUCCAAAGCUCCUAACGUUAUCACAAAAUGGGCGCGAAAAUUGAAGCCACGAAAUGGCUGCCGCCACAAAAUGGCGGCGAAUGCACGGGGUCUAAUUUAUAAUUUUAUAUUUGGAACGCGUCUGAAGUGCGGUGUGAAUGGGUGGCGUUGUUUUGGCGAUUUCGUCCCACGUUUUGGGGGCAAAAAGUGUCAAAAACUAAUACUUAAAAAGUUUUUCAACUAGGUAAAGUCUGACGGAAAAGGGUUUCCGUCGAAAUGACUAAGGUGUUAGACCAUUUUUGACCUCAGUGUCCAACCCAUUUUUGCCCCCCAAACGGCAGGUCACCAAAACGUUUUUCAAAACUUAGCUUGAGCUGAAGAUUUCUACAAAGCAAACAGCACAAAUUGCCCCUGUAAUAAAGAUACUUUCUUCUUAACAGGGAAACGAUAGCACACUUUGCUUUAUUUAUUUAAAAAAUAUAUUUGUAGAUGAUAAUUUCUCAUUGGCUGUUUAAUGCAGAAUACGUUUUGAACGAGGGAAGUAAAAACUGUCUCUUUCUACUUGAAUACAUCCCGUAAGAAUGACAAGGAUAGAAUGAGUAAUUUUCAAAAAAAUAUUCUUUUCUAAAUCUACCAUUCUUAGUGUUGCCAAUUUAAAAUUGUAAUUUCUACUAAAAUGGUAGUUUCUAAAUAAAGGAAAAGAAUAAUAUAAGAGUGCACAACUCGUUUCUAAAACGUAAUCUGUUUUUAUUACAGUCUGCGGAAGCAUUUAAACUACCAUACGAAUGUUGUAGUUUAUAUAAAAAAAAUGUAUGGCCGAUGUAUGUAUGUAUGUGUGCGUCAGUCUGGUCCAUGUUCACAAUUACACAUUUAUAUAAUAAUGAUACUGAAUGUAAUAUUACAAUGUUACUGUGUGUCGAUUAUAGAUUCGACGCGUUGUUGGUAACACCGCCGAUUUUUUUUCUUUGUAUUGAUAAUACAUCGCAGCAGUAACGAGAUAAAAUCAAACUAUUAUGAUUAAAGAACCAAAUAUUAUUAUUAAAGUAACGUGUAAUUUAUUGAAUGAGAAUUUUUUUCGUCUAACUGUCUGGUUAAGUUAUGAUUUAACUUUGUAAUGCGCUGUCGGGACUAUGUACUCAAGGAAGUAAAAAAAGUUUUGUAACCGUCUCGCACGCUCUCAUGGAUUACUAUAUUGGGUAGAGUGAGAGGGGUGAAGGUUGCUUGCCGCUUAGCGAUUUCCACCAGCCAUUUUUCUUUAUAUAACUUGAGUAUGUAGUAACGAUUGCAUAUAAAUGUUAGUUAUAGUAAUCACCCGUUUAAUAUUAAGCGCAGUGAUUUAUAAUAGAAACAUCCCUUCUCUCCGAAAUUAUUGUCUUUUUUUGUUUCGAUUGUAUAGUCGGCCUUUAUACGCGAAUGGGACAGUCAAAAUUUGUAUGGAAAAUCUUUUUUUGUGAAAUACUACUUGUGUCAUACAAAAAUGCCUAAAGUAUGGUGUAAAUAUGAAUUGUAAAGAGUGCCAUAAUUCGCUGCAAAUUAAUGUUACUAGACGGAAAAUGAUGAAAGUUUUCCCUUCGCGCAUAAAGGCCGUUAGACACUGACUUUCCACGAAAAAUGUUGAAGCGAAGCUUUAAACUAAUUUAUUUACUUUGACAAAUCCAAUAUAUUGAUUUCUUACUGUA